AUUCUCUCUGCUUCUGCCAUAUCUUCUGCAGUAAUUUCAUCAUUCAGUACCUUGGAAUCUGCGAUCCAGUCGAUGCCCUCGCUCUAUUCAGAGCAGGAGAACUUAUCAGAUCUUGACAUCAUCGUUAAUAUGAUGGAAACAACUAAUUGUGGUGGAGAACAGAGUUUCCUGGACAAUGAGGAGAACAUUAGCUUCCUCCGUGCCCUCUCUGCUAGUUGCUUGGCUGCGCAGAAAAAUGGCAAGGACACCUUGGAUCUCCCAUACACUAAGAAUGAGUUGGUGGAAGCUCUUCUGAUGGUGAUGGAGACGCUGCCUGUUCACUCUGUGCCAUCGUUCCUCCUGUCCUGCUCAAUGCUCACGGUCUACAACCUCAGCAAAAUGAAGCCCCCAUUUGAUCCUGAUCAAUUGUCUGGUAUCUUGCGGCUGGCUCUCCAUGGCAUUUUUAACAUGGAAACAGAUUUGGAAAAUCCUCACAGCCAGGCUCUCUACCAAUCGUCUGCAGACACAAUGGAGACCAUGCUGAAGAGUUUGCUGUCUGAGGUUCCAACUACAAGCCACCUGCUGUUUAUGCUGGAGCACAUCAACUUCUGGAUUCAUUCCCACAAUCCCCAAGAGAGGUCCAGGUCUGUCCUCUGCAGUACCACUGUGUUGCGACAUGCUCUUCUGCUGCCAGAGUUCAACAAGUCCAGUGAGCUUCCUGCCUUGGGACACCAUGUGGCACAGUUUGGAAUCUGUAUCACAGAUACGAUGGAAGGGGUGAGCAACCAGGCCAGGUUGACCAUCAGCUGCCUUUAUGAGCUGCUGCUCCAUCAGAUGGGGCUGAGCGUGAGUGAGGCUGAAGAACUGUGGUGCCACAAUUACGAAGACCAGAAAAUGCUGGCUUACAUGGAUUCCUGCAGGGUGGGUGAGGUGUUCGGAAACAUCUUCACAGAAGAUCAGAAGAGAACCUUUCUGGAGACAUCUUUGCUGGCCAUUUAUAAUCCUGAGCUAAGGAUAAGAGAGGCUGGGAUCCUCCUAUUGUUUUCCCACCUGGGGAAGGCCAAUGAGAUAAUGGGGGAUAAGGCAGAAGACAUAGCGGACAAGAUCUUUGAGCAGAUCCACAAGCUUCAGAUACUCAGAGAGGUGCCAGAAGCAUUGCAAGGCUUCUUUUCCAAGUAG